AUGGGGCUCCCUUACUCCAAAGAGAUUCACUCGGCCUUUGAGCAAGUCACGCCGCUAGUUGCUGCUGGAUUCGAAGUGCUCCAAACGACCAAAGACAUUGCAAUUCUGCUGGCCGUCAUUCAGGUCGUGACGGUCAUCACCUUGAUUUUGAUCUUGGUAGCCUUGCUGGCCUUGCUAUGCACGGUGAAUCCUGACCUGGUCAAAGAAAGAGAGCAGCUGGUCACUCCUGCCAUGCAAUGGCUCGCCAGUUGGAUCUUCAAGUACGGCGGACCUGCGAAAACGCUUCUCAAAAUCACAUUUGUGUCCGGUGGCCUCCUAUUCGGCUACGCCGUCUGGCAAGGACUGGUGACGGGGCACAGCGAGCCCACGUCGGGUGAAGACCAGUCCGAAGACACGGAGGGAAAAGCAGACGAAGAAAAGGCUGAGGAUAAAGGAAAGGAUACAAGCAAUGGCGAUGAGAAGAAUGGAAAGGAUGGGAAUAAAAAGAAGAAGUAG